AUGAAAGUUAACUAUUUUCCAAAACAAGACAAAAGUGGUUUUUGUCAACCAUGUGUGUCAGUAGGAAAUGUGGGACAGCUAGCGACAGAUUUGAUAAUUUCAUCAUUAAAUCUGGAAAAGGUUGGAAUUAUUUAUCACAGUAGUAUAUUGCCUGUCAUUGGUAAUGAUCCUUAUACUCAGUUUUCUCAAAACAACUGUAGGUUAACAACACCUUGUGAAGUCUAUGAAAAUAGUUCUCAAGAUUUAGUUGUCUUACAACAGAGAUCACCAUUAAUAAAGGGAAAGAAAGAAGAAUUUGUUACCUGGCUAUCAGAUUGGAUAAAAGAAAAUAGAUUUAAACAAAUCAUUAUUCUAACAAGUAGUUUUGCUCAUGAAAGGGUUGACUCUCAAAUAUUUGGAUGUCAGCUUCGUAUUUUAAUGUCAAAAUCUGUUGAAGAAAAAAAUGGUAAAUUGUUUUUGGAAACCUUGAAAUGGAAAGAAGUAGAAAAGAGACAUGGUGAUGAAAUGACAGAUUCUAUAUUUUUACCUGGUAGUGGUAUGGCUAAACAGUUAUUUCAUAAGUGUUCAGAGAGUUCUGUAUUGAUGAUGUCAUUGUUUUGUUCAGAAGGUGAUAAUAUACAAGACUCUAUAACCCUAUGUAAUUGUCUGAAUUCCUGGUUACAUCUGAUUGGACCUUCAAAAAAUAUUCACACUUGGAAAACACCAGAAUCAUGGAAAUUAGUUUAUGGCAGCCAUUUUGAUCAAACAUUGUUUCACUGA